AUGGUUAUCUUCAUGCCCCUCCCCCCGGACGAAGAAAUUGAGGCCUUUGAGAAUUUGGUUCUCAAGAAUAGUUACCGUUUCACCAAGCGGGCUCUGAUUCGCGACGCUCUUCAAGGCCCUAGUCCAUUCAACCCCAGCGGCAAGAAGACCCUCGCCUUGGCUGGCGACGCGAGUCUCCGCCAAAUGCUCGUCGACCAGGGCCGAGAUAGAGAAAAAUCUCCAGAAGAGAUUCAGAACGUCAUCACCAAGGUGGCCUCUAAUAACAACUUGAAUGACCGGGGCAUUGCCCUUGGUCUUGACCGAUUCAUUGUGAAAAAUCCGGGUCAGCAGGGUUUUAUGGCUGGGAAGAAUGUUAUGUCUACCACCAUGGAAGCCAUACUUGGCGCAGUCCAUUAUGACUCCGACAAAAACGGCGCUGACUGCGAAAACGUGAUGGCUGCGCUCGGCCUCUCCUGGUCCGAAUAA